UAGAGCGAAUGCUACAGAUAGGGUUUUGUCAUACUGUCGUCGAAUAGUAGCAUUCUACACCUCCUUUUAAUUUGUCUUGUUUUAGCUUGUUUUUUCUGGGUGACAUGAAGACACGUGCAUGGCCUUCAGGCCUCUUCUUCAAUCCCCCCCCACUCAGUUUCUCUAUAUUUUCCUUUUUUAGCUGGACAACACAGGCUCGCCAUCUCUCUCUUUCCAUGAAUCCAGUCUAUCUGAAUCCACCGACCUCUUCUCCUUUUCCAGUUGUGGAGCUUAGAGAAGAUCAACAACACCUGCAACUCUUCCUGUCACCCCAUCAUGCUGCUGCUUCCCUCUCUUCAUCAGUUCCUGAUUUUUUAAACGCAACUCAUGAUCAUUAUCAAAGAGAAGCCAAACUUGUGGAGUCACACCAGCAUGAUCAUGAGGAUGAUAAGUACAUAUCACACAGCAGAUGGAGUGAUCAUUUUCAUAAACCCCUGUCAUUUCAAGCUGCAGCGGUAAAUGAAAGUAGCAGCAGGGAAGCCCACAAAUUGUCCUCAUGCAACAGAGAGGAUGGAGAUUUUGAUGGAAGUGGUGGUGAAGGAUCUGCAGCCAAAUACAUGCCCUCGAAGAUGAGGUUGACGCAAAAAAUGAUGAACUCUAAUUGCUCAGAGACUGAUAAACCAGUAAAAUUCACACUCAAUUUUCAAGAUCAGCAAUGUCAUACUAACAAUAACUAUAUCAAUGUUAGAGUAUGCGCAGACUGCAGCACUACCACCACCCCUCUUUGGAGGAGUGGCCCUUUGGGGCCUAAGUCCCUUUGCAAUGCCUGCGGGAUUCGACAGAGAAAGGCCAGACGGGCAAUGGAGGCAGCAGCUGCAGUGGCAAAUGGCACGGUUAUUUCUAUGGAGACAUCAUCAUCAUCAUCAUCAUCAUCUACAAAAAGUAAGUUGCACAAGGAAAAGAAGUCGCGUACAGGCCAUACUACACAAGGCAAGAAACUCUGGAAGCCUCCUGGUUCACCACAGGGCCAAAAGAAGAUUUGCAGCUUCAAGAAUCUUGCAUUAAGCUUGAGCAAGAAUCCUGCUCUUCAACGAGUGUUUCCACAAGAUGUGGAAGAGGCAGCAAUACUACUCAUGCGACUAUCUUGUGGUUUUAUUCACAGUUGAAAAUUUUCAUAUAUUUGCAUUAAUUUCUUGACUUCAAUAAUUAUAGGAGAGCUUGUCAUAUCAAUUAGUUUCUUAUUAAUUACUGCUAGUGAUGAGAGAUGUUUAAAUUUCUGCAAAAUGUUGCAAAACCAAAGAAUGGGUUUGCUUCAUUUUAGCUUCUCUCUCUUGAAUAAUGGAUAUUAAUUAAAUAAUAAAUUAUGAAAUUUAUAUGUGGAUA